AUGACCGCAUUUAACGUCAAAGAUCUGGCCGCGCGCGCUGCCCAGCGCAUCGCGGAACACCGCCAGAAGGCUGAGGCCCGUGGCAGCACUUUCAGCACGGAGCCAUUGCCAAUGGAUCGUGUCUCGAGUGUGGACGCCAAUUCAAUGAGGACCAUGUCACAUAGCGAAGACGAACACCGCCACAAGUCGAAGAUGAGCCGGCUUGUGCAGAAGGUUCGAGGGCGGUUCUCAAAGCGUCUGGCGAAGAGGGAGGUAAUCGACGAACCCUGCGCAUGCUGCUUGGAUAUCAUGCCUGCCGAAUGCCUGAUCAGCAUGCCCUGUCAGCACAAGUACUGCAGCAGAUGCUUGAAGAAGUUGGUGUUCACAGUUAUGCCGGAGGAAGGACUGUUCCCACCCAGAUGCUGCAAGCAGAAGAUCCCGACAGAGGUCAUCCUUCCCGUGCUAACACCGAAGGAGAGGACGGUCUAUUUUGCCAAGGUGCAGGAGUAUGCGACCCCAGCCAGAGAACGCUGGUACUGUCCUGCGCCGACGUGCGGCCGGUUCAUUCCACCGAAGCAUCUGAACAGCAAGCUCUCGUCCCAAAGCUGCCCAUACUGCAGCACGACGUUUUGCUCUGGCUGCAGAUGCCCGGGGUAUAAUAAUAGUACCUCGACUGGGAAGAAAGAUCCAGGAUUCAUGGCCGUCUUCGAAGAUCCGCGACUUGGUAAAGCACAGAGGGGUCUCAAAUGUGGCUCUUUGGUGGACCUCUUGUUCAAUUGUGAUCAUGUUACGUGCCGGUGCAAGGCACAAGUCUGUAACCUCUGUCGCAAUCCAUGGCUGUCAUGUACCUGCGCCAAGCCAGGCCAACGCCCCAUCGACUUCCUCACCUUCAUCAUCGGCCACAGCGGCGUAAACAAAGACCAGGAGGCCGAACUUGCCGCAGUGGUGGCUGCCAUCCUAUGCAACGAAAGGCUGCGGGAUGAAGAAUUGGCAAAGACCCAAGGCAUGAAGGAGAAAGGGGGAAGCGCUAACAGAAGUCGGGCGAGUCUGCUGAUACCACAGCAGGCGACUCGGGCUAGGAGGGUUUCCUAG